GGAGUUACUUCCCCUCCGUCACAUGACAAGUUGACGAACAGGAUCGAAAGAUGGGUAUCGAGUCAAUGCCAAAAGAACCGACCAAAACGGUGUAUAAACCGGUUAAAAUAGUUUAUUGGUCGAUAUUUUCAGCAAUACUCUUAGCGUACCUCAUAGUGGGCUUUUAUUACCUUCUGACUGGACAAGGAGCAAGAGUUGAUAUAGGAUGGUUCCUUAUGUCUACUUCCCCAUAUAUGUGGGGGCUGAUCGGUACUGGCAUGUCCAUCUCCCUGUCUGUUGUGGGAGCAGCCUGGGGCAUCUAUACUACUGGAUCCAGUAUUUCUGGUGGUGGAGUCAAAGCACCACGUAUUAAGACUAAAAACUUGAUCAGCAUCAUCUUCUGCGAAGCAGUUGCCAUCUAUGGAAUCAUCAUGGCCAUCGUCAUCAGCACAAAUCUUGCAUACUUUGACUUCUCAAAGAUUACUUCAGCUGAUGAUGUUCGAAGAAAUUAUGGAGCAGGCUUCAGGAUGUUUGGUGCUGGGCUAACAGUUGGCUUCAGUAAUCUGGCAUGUGGCAUGUGUGUUGGCAUUGUGGGAUCUGGUGCUGCUUUGGCUGAUGCUGCCAACAGCUCCCUUUUUGUCAAAAUUCUUAUCAUUGAGAUUUUUGGCAGUGCCAUUGGCUUGUUUGGCCUCAUCAUUGCUAUCCUACAGACAACAGGAGCCGGUAUGAUCAGCAGUGCUCAGUGAUUGACAUGCAGCUGUCUUUUUCUGUGGAAUCACACGCACAGAUAUUGAUGAGAAGGCCAUUUUCUCCAGAUGAACCACCAUGUUACAGCAAAUCCCGUUCAGAAAUAGUAGCUUUUGCAACAGAAUAUGAUAAUAUGUGCAUAGACUCUGCGUUUCUGAUUAAAUUCUGUGAUACUCUUGUCAAGGAAUGCAACCUAUAUAUAGUAAGAGCUAAACAGAACAAGGUUGAAGGGUUCAUAAUGCACAUUUCAUUCUUCACAUCCAUUGUACAUACAAAGAACAAUUCAGUCAGCAUUGCCAGCAGCAAACCAAUAUAUUAGACCUAACUUUUGGUUUGUGCUUAGAUAAAAAAAAUUAAACUCUUUGGCUAACUCUUCAAGUGUAGUGCUAUAUGGUCAUACUGUUUUAAAACCCUUGACAAAGCUGGGAUGACAUGGCUGUGCUGUACCAUAAAAUUCAAUUUGUUUACUCAGAUUAGUUUCUUUGGGGGAUGGGACUGCAUUACAUGCUAGUUGCAAGAAAGGAUGCUUGGUAGACAGUAGUGUGUUAUGUAAAUGUUUUAAUGAAAUGUAUUCAUAUUUCAGCUUGCUCACCCAGUUCAGGUAUAAUGAAAAGCUGGUAGCAGUGGUAUGUUCUGCUGGAUACAUUCCACAUCCCUUCAAAAGCAAAGGCUGUGACAUGAAUCUUUUGCGUGUUUGCUAAUAUUUGUGUUCCCUGGUAAGAAAUACCGUCAUUGUAGGACCAAGAGAGCGUGAGACUCCCAUUAGAAUAUGUUGUACUCCAAGUAGUAAGACAUCCAGAGGCCUGUGGAUUUGUCUUUUCACCUAAACUAUAAAGAUCAUCAGUUUGAAAUAUAGCCACAAAGAGUGCAUGCUAUGUCUGUUGUUCCCUUUACAUUAUUGUCCAGAGAAUAUGUAAAUAUAAAGUUGUAUUUCAAGGUCAAA